AUGGUUCUCGAGAGACAGCUUGAUGCGUACAUAUGUCUCAUUGUUACCUUUUUCGCCGCUGCUUCGACUCUCAUCGCAAGACUCUUAGCGAGACGUUUGACGAAACUUCGACUUUGGUACGAUGACUGGUUUGCUAUCGUAGCUUUCCUGUGCGCAGUGGUAUGGUUUGCUUUAGUGAUCUGGUGGCUGCAAUAUGGGCUCGGUCUCCAUCUUAGCAACAUCGAUUUACCGCAGGAUUAUGUACUCGAGAGAUCUCGACUGAUUCUCUGGAACGUGGAGAUCUUUUAUGCUUUCUCUCUGGCAUUCUCGAAGCUCGCUAUCCUUUCGUUCUACUGGCGCAUGUUCAGGACUUCGAACAUUCUGUUACCGAUUAAGAUUCUGAUCGGCUGCACGGUGGUAUGGCUCAUAAUCAGAACUUUUAUGGCAAUCUUUCACUGUGUUCCCGUCCAUAAGUUUUGGGAUAUUAGCGUGAAGGGCGUUUGCAACAUUGACGACUCAAAAUUCUUCUUCGGGACAGUCAUCACCCAUCUUCUGAUCGAUAUCGCAAUCCUCAUACUUCCUGUUAUCGAGGUUCGCAAACUGCGCCUUCCGCUCUCCCAAAGACUUGCAAUUAUCAGCAUGUUUCUGUUCGGAAUCUUCGUGUGCAUUGCCAGUGUAGUUGUCCUGGUCUAUUCCAUUGGGUUGGAUACCAAGGACAUUGAAGUUCCUUACAACACUGGCCCGAUUAUCAUAUGGGCAACUGCGGAAGUGAACCUUGCGAUUGUCAGC